AUGGGUGCGAAACAAUCAAGCAUUGAACCCUAUGAUUUAUCAAAUAAAGUUGUUAUAAUUACCGGUUCUACAGAUGGAAUCGGUAAAAGUUUGGCUCGUAUAAUCUCAUCAUACAAUCCAAAACGUCUAAUCCUUCCAAUCCGUAACCGUGAAAAGGGUGAGAAUCUUUUGGAAUACAUCCGAAAUUCUCAAGAUGGGAAGGUUGAAUGUAUCGAACUAUGGAAUAUAGAUUUUGCGGAUUUGCAUAGUGUAAAGAGCUUCGCUGAUAAAUUUAUUAAAGAAGUUGGUGAAUUACACUAUCUGUGGAAUAAUGCAG